UACUAGCUAAAUCCUAUAUCUGUGGCUACAAUAAUACCCAUUAGAUGUCCUCACUUUCACCUUCCUUUUUGCCUCUUAGCUAGCUCAUUAUCUUUUUCAUUCAAAGUAACCGAAUUUUGGUUCUUAUUCGUGAUAACGACUACUUCCAUGGAUUAAAUUGCAUUUGUUUUAACUUCUUUCUCUUCACCUGGUUAAAAAUCUUUUCAAAAAUGCAAAACCCUUCUGCGGUUACCCAAGAAUCUGGCCCUGCUGCCUUCGAUCUCGUCACUCAAUUGGGUCACUUAGCAUUCAACAAGAGCUUUCGCAGCUCAAACACUGAUGGGUUUUGUUCAUUUAAGCCAAAUCACGUGUAUUUUUCAGGCUUCAGAGACUCAAUUUCUCAGAAAAAGCGCAGAGUUGCUGCUGCUGCUUCACUCAGUUUGGGUGCUCGAAACAGCGUUUCUUCGAGCGUCAGGAGAAUCCUGAAUGAUUUUAACAGAGCAAUUAAGUUUCACUGUGAUAGAAUCCCAAUUGGGUUUGCUUCUAUUCGGGUUGGUCCUGAGGAUAACAAUGGAGUGAGAGAUGGUGGUGGUGGUGGCGUUCUUGAGGUUGAAGGUUUGCCUUUGAAUAGUGUCGAAACUGAGACCCCCAAAAAAGUUCUGAUUUUGAUGAGUGAUACUGGUGGGGGUCAUAGAGCCUCUGCUGAAGCUAUUAAGGCUGCUUUUAACGAGGAAUUUGGGGAUGAGUAUCAGGUGUUUGUUACAGAUUUGUGGUCGGAUCAUACGCCCUGGCCAUUUAAUCAAUUACCAAAAAGCUAUAACUUCUUGGUCAAACAUGGAUCAUUGUGGAGGUUAACCUAUUAUGGAACUGCUCCUCGGGUGAUUUAUCAGUCAAAUUUUGCUGCAACUUCAACAUUCAUAGCUAGAGAGGUCGCCAAAGGGUUGAUGAAAUACCAGCCUGACAUUAUUAUUAGUGUACAUCCUCUGAUGCAACAUGUUCCACUUCGUAUUCUGAAGUCAAAGGGUCUACUGAAGAAGAUAGUCUUUACGACAGUGGUCACCGAUUUAAGCACUUGCCACCCAACAUGGUUGGUUCUGCAUCUUAGUUUUCAUAUUUCAAAAUUCACUUAUCCUUGGUGUAAUUUUGGCAAUGUUUAUUGUUGUUUUAGGUUUCAUAAGCUUGUAACAAGAUGCUAUUGCCCAUCAGCUAAAGUAGCAAAAAGGGCAUUGAAAGCUGGACUUCAACCAUCCCAAAUUAAGGUUUAUGGCCUUCCAAUACGACCUUCUUUUGUGAAGCCUGUUCGGCCAAAGAUUGAGCUGAGGAGAGAAUUAGGUAUGGAUGAGGAUCUUCCUGCUGUUUUGUUGAUGGGAGGAGGGGAAGGAAUGGGUCCCAUCGAGGCUACUGCUCGUGCACUUGAACAUGCAUUAUAUGAUGAGAAUCUUGGGGAGCCAUUAGGUCAAAUCCUUGUCAUUUGUGGCCACAACAAAAGGCUUGCUAGCAAAUUGCUUUCAAUUGAUUGGAAAAUUCCUGUUCAGGUCAAGGGAUUUGUCACCAAAAUGGAGGAAUGCAUGGGUUCUUCCGACUGCAUUAUUACAAAGGCAGGCCCGGGGACUAUCGCUGAGGCUAUGAUACGAGGUCUUCCUAUAGUUCUGAAUGAUUUCAUUGCUGGGCAGGAAGUUGGCAAUGUUCCAUUUGUGGUGGAAAAUGGAUGUGGGAAAUUUUCAAAGUCGCCAAAAGAGAUAGCCAAUAUCGUAAGCCAGUGGUUUGGUCCCAAAGCAGAUGAACUCAAGUCCAUGUCUGAAAAUGCUUUAAGGCUGGCUAGGCCUGAGGCAGUAUUCAAGAUUGUCCAUGAUCUCCAUCAGCUGGUCAGACAGAGAAAUUUUGUACCCCAAUUUUCUUGUACAAGUUAGGUCCACUAGAAAAACUAAACAAAGAAAUAGUUUUUCUAACGAUUUUCCCCUUUUUGAUUGCAUUAUCAAUUACCUUGGCUUUCUUAUUUCAUUAGUUUGCUAUGGUAAUCUGUGAAAAUAAUAUCUUUUGUGUCUUAAUCACUAAUAUGAUUCAAGCUAUGACAAGCUGAGAAAGUAUCAAUAUUAACAUACAUUUUUCUGAA